AUUUAGUUUGGCAAGAAUGUACUUGUUUCAGAAGUGCUAGACACGAAUAGCAGAGGGAACUUUAUCAAAAUGAAUCCAAGUUUUGUCCUUGUUUUCCUGAUUUUCAUUUGCUUCUCUGAUUCAGGAGCAAAACCUUACAGAACUCCUGCCUGUUACAAAUACCCACUCGAGGGAUGCCCUUUCAUUUUCCUACCAGUUUGUGGCACAGAUGGUAACAGCUAUGCAAAUGAAUGUGUUCUGUGCCACACAAUAAGAAAAACCAAGAAGAUGAUCCAGAUUGUCAAAGCCAGACAGUGCUGAGCACGUUCUCUCAUUCUGCUCAUCUUACCGAUGUGCAAAAACUAGAUUGUUGGACAGACUCUAGAGGGAAUUUGUAUUUCUCAAUAGUACAACUGGUUUUAUUUCCUAUUCUGACAAUAUAAUGUGAGCACACCUUUUCUCUGUAUUUAGCAGUCGAGUACCGCAUUCUUGAUUUUGAGAUAAAAGGCGAUCUUUUAAGGGCUGUUUUAAGGAAUUGUUAUUUUAAAGAGCAUUCAUAAACAUUUUUUUAGGUUAAACAGUUCUUUGAAAAAUGAGAAUGAACUUCUAAACCUGUCUAAAACAGUUAGAAUGUAUCUAACUGCUAACUUGAUUUAAUUAAUUAAAAGUUUUUUUUUUUUUUUUUUUUUAAAAAGCAGUCCUUCUGUUUUGUGACUAUAUUAUAGUUACAAAUUUGACUUAUACUGUUUAAAUUCUAAUUGGUGCCUCAGCAAUCAAUAAAAUAUUUAAAUAAUUAUACAAAAUGUGUCUUGACCAUCAUACACUUUAUUACGAAACGGUCUUUCUGCUUUUUCUUGUUUAAAUUUAACCAAGACCAUUAUUCAACUGUAGCCAAGUAGUGAUUGGCUCUCAAACAUAACCCCAGAAGAAACAUUUUACUGAGUGCCAAAUAUGCGGUUGCUAUUUAAUUUACUGUAUGCAAUAUUCUUAAGAGAAUGCGGGUCCAAAAAAGAAAAUCCUUAAUUCAAAAGCCAUUGCUCUUAUUCCUUUUAUGUGUAAUUAAACUAAACUAUCAACACUGGUCAGUUACACAUCACCCGUUACCAGUGGAUUACUGAUGUUCCAUAGGAUGUACAGUUUGAGGGGGGGGCAGGCGCAAGGAUAAGAGAGUAUUAGCGUGCCUCGCAUCGUUCAGCUUUCACAACAGAGCGAAGUGUCCCAAGAGAUCAGUAACAAGACAAUCUGAUCAUUUAGCUGUAGGCUGUGAUUUAACUUUUGUUUUUGUUUUUGUUUUAAAUAAAACAAACAAUUCAAACUC